AUGACGGAACACUUCGAAGUAAAGGUCGGCUUACACCAGGGAUCGGCACUUAGCCCACUGCUAUUCAAUGUAGUGUUUGAUGUCAUCACGGAAAAUGUAAUAGAAGAACCAUCAUGGCGCGUAUUGUACGCUGAUGAUAUUGUACUCGUAGCAGAAAAUAUAGAUGGCGACCAACUACCCACAAUAAAGCUAGGUGGAGAAAACUUGAAAAGAUUUCGAACCUUUAAAUAUCUAGGUUCAAUGGUCGAUGAAACUGCCGGAAUGGAUAAGAAAGAAGCAGCACCACUGAGGAAGUUAGAAGAAAAGAAGUUGGAUGUAGCCAAGAUGAAGAUGUUGAGAUGGAUUGCUGGAGUCGCAAGGAGAGAUAGAAUAAGAAACGACUACAUCAGAGGUACAGUGGAAGUAGCGGAAAUUUCUAAGAGGAUUCAAGAGGCAAGACUAAGAUGGUUCGGCCAUUUGAGAAGAAGAGCUGGAUAA